UCUUCCUCCAUUCCCUUCUACCAUUCCUCUGCAUGAUCAUCAUCAUCACCACCAUCAUCAUCAUUCAACAACAACAUUCACUUCUUCAUCAAUGGGAACUCCUGUGAACAUCAUCCUCGGCUCACAUGUCUGGGUCGAAGAUCCUGAGCUUGCUUGGAUCGAUGGAGAGGUCACCCAGAUCAAAGCCGGUGACGCCACCAUCAUCACCACCAAUGGGAAGACUAUUGUGGCGAGCCUGUCGAGUAUUUACCCAAAGGACACGGAAGCUCCUCCGGCUGGUGUUGAUGACAUGACUAAACUGGCUUAUCUUCAUGAACCCGGAGUUCUUCAAAAUCUUGCUUCUCGUUUCGCUUUGAAUGAGAUAUAUACAUACACAGGGAAUAUUUUGAUAGCAGUGAAUCCGUUUAGAAGGUUGCCUCAUCUUUAUGAUGUUCACAUGAUGGAGCAAUACAAGGGUGCACCUUUUGGUGAGCUAAGCCCGCAUCUUUUUGCGGUUGCAGAUGCAUGCUAUAGGGCAAUGAUAAAUGAGCAUGGAAGCCAGUCGAUCUUGGUUAGCGGUGAGAGUGGAGCUGGUAAAACGGAGACAACAAAAAUGCUUAUGAGGUAUUUAGCUUUCAUGGGAGGGCGAUCGGGAACAGAGGGAAGGACAGUGGAGCAACAGGUUUUGGAGUCCAAUCCAGUAUUAGAAGCUUUCGGAAAUGCAAAAACAGUGAAGAAUAACAACUCUAGUCGUUUCGGUAAAUUCGUAGAAAUUCAGUUCGAUAAGUCUGGGAAAAUAUCUGGAGCUGCAGUUAGGACAUACCUUCUGGAGCGGUCGCGUGUUUGUCAGGUGUCUGAUCCAGAGCGGAAUUAUCAUUGCUUCUACAUGCUCUGCUCAGCUCCACAUGAGGAUAUCAAGAAGUUUAAAGUGGCAGAUCCAAGAACAUUUCACUAUCUUAACCAAACAAACUGUUAUGAAGUAUCAAAUGUAGAUGAUGCAAGGGAGUACCUGGAGACCAGAAAUGCCAUGGAUAUUGUUGGCAUCAAUCAGGAAGAGCAGGACUCAAUCUUCCAAGUGGUGGCUGCAAUCCUUCAUCUUGGAAAUGUUGAAUUCGCUAAAGGGAAGGAAACUGAUUCAUCCAAGUUGAAGGAUGCUAAGGCAGAGUUCCAUCUUCAAACAGUUGCAGAACUGCUAAUGUGUGAUGUGAAGGCCCUUGAAGACUCUUUGUGCAAGCGUGUGAUAGUUACACCCGAUGGCAAGAUCACAAAGCCUCUUGAUCCAGAAUCAGCUGCACUUAGUCGUGAUGCUUUAGCAAAAACUGUAUAUUCAAGAUUAUUUGAUUGGAUUGUAGACAAAAUCAAUAGCUCAAUAGGUCAGGAUCCGAAUGCGAAAAGUAUAAUUGGUGUACUUGAUAUAUAUGGGUUUGAAAGCUUCAAGAUCAAUAGUUUUGAACAAUUAUGUAUUAAUUUAACAAAUGAGAAACUGCAACAACAUUUCAAUCAGCAUGUGUUUAAGAUGGAGCAAGAAGAGUACACCAGGGAAGAGAUUGACUGGAGUUAUGUCGAAUUUGUUGAUAACCAAGAUGUUUUGGAUCUCAUUGAAAAGAAACCUGGAGGGAUUAUUGCACUUCUGGAUGAAGCAUGCAUGUUCCCAAAGUCUACACAUGAAACUUUUGCACAGAAAAUGUAUCAAACAUAUAAAGCACAUAAGCGGUUCAGCAAACCUAAACUUGCACAGACUGCCUUCACCAUCAACCACUACGCUGGUGAUGUUACCUACCAAGCCGAUUAUUUUCUUGAUAAGAAUAAAGAUUAUGUUGUUGCAGAACAUCAAGCUUUACUGAACUCCUCAACAUGUUAUUUUAUCGCCAAUCUCUUCCCUCCAUUACCGGAAGAAUCAUCAAAGCAAUCCAAGUUCUCCUCAAUUGGCACUCGUUUUAAGCAACAACUACAAUCGCUCAUGGAAACACUGAACACAACAGAACCACAUUAUAUCAGAUGUGUGAAGCCGAACACAGUUCUACAGCCUGGCAUUUUUGAAAACUUUAAUGUCUUAAACCAAUUGAGAUGUGGAGGUGUGCUAGAGGCAAUUAGGAUCAGUUGUGCUGGUUAUCCUACAAAGAGGACAUUUGAUGAGUUCAUAGAUCGGUUUGGGAUGCUUGCUCCAGAUCUCACAGACAGCUCUGAUGAGAAGUCAGUCUGUGCAGCCAUUUGUGACCGAAUGGGUUUGAAGGGUUAUCAGAUAGGUAAAACUAAGGUUUUCCUCAGAGCGGGUCAAAUGGCCGAGCUAGAUGCUCGCAGAAUUGAGGUCUUGGCAAGUGCUGCAAGGCUCAUCCAGAGACAGAUCCGAACACACCUCACAAGGAAGGAGUUCAUAAUUCUACGGAAAGGCACAAUUCAAAUGCAAAAGCACUGGAGAGCACGAUUAGCGCGAAAGCUCUACCAGCAAAUGAGGAGAGAAGAUGCUUCAAUCAGAAUACAGAAGUAUGCACGAGCUCAUGCAGCCAGAAAAAGUUAUACAACAUUGAGAGCAUCGGCAAUUGUUAUACAAACAGGUCUACGAGCAAUGGCAGCCCGAAAUGAGUACCGACGCAGAAGAAGAACCAAAGCAUCUAUAAUGAUCCAGACUCAAUGGCGUCUACAUAAAGCACGCUCAGGUUAUAAAAACCAAAAGAAAGCUACUCUAAUACUUCAGUGUCUCUGGAGAGGGCGUAUAGGAAGAAAGGAACUUCGAAAGCUCAGAAUGGCUGCAAGAGAGACAGGGGCACUGAAGGAGGCCAAGGAUAAACUAGAAAAGCGUGUUGAGGAACUGACAUGGAGAUUAGAUUUUGAAAAACACUUGAGGAUUGAUCUCGAAGAAGCUAAAGGUCAAGAAAUUGCUAAGCUACAAGGAUCUUUACAAGAAAUGCAAGAGAAACUAGAUGAAGCAGAAUUAGCAAUUAUCAAGGAAAGGGAAGCUGCAAAACUAGCAAUCGAACAGGCACCACCAGUGAUUAAAGAGGUGCCUGUGGUGGACAACACUCAAUUGGAAUUGUUGACAAAUCGGAACAAGGAAUUAGAGGAUGAAUUAAGUGAAUUCAAGAACAAAGCUGAAGAAUUUGAGAAGAGAUACCUUGAGGUGCAAAACCAAACUGAAGAAUUGAUUAAAGAGACAGAAGAAUCAAAAUCAAAGCUUAAUCAACUUCAAGAUAUGAUUGAAAGGCUUGAAACAAAUAUGUCUAGUUUGGAAUCCGAGAAUCAGGUUUUGCGGCAACAAGCCUUGGUUGAAUCAACAAAUGAAGACAUGUCAGAAGAAAUUAAAAGCAUGGAGAGAAAGAUUGCUGCAUUAGAAGCAGAGAAUCAAUUGCUCCGUAAUCAGCCUGUCGUAGUUACUCAAACAGUAGUUGCCCCUCCACUUCCUGCUACAGAACCAAGUCAACCAAUAAAACCACCACAGCUUCUCGAGGCUCAAAGUUACGAGAAUGGACAUCAAGUAGGAGAAGAAUCCAAAACCAAACCAAAGGAGGUACCAAUUGUGUCUCUCGCACCUGUUCUAAGCAAACAGAAGUCCCUAACUGACCGACAACAAGAAAAUCAUGAUGUACUAAUCAAGUGUCUCAUGGAAGAUAAACGAUUUGACAAGAAGAGAUCUGCUGCGGCAUGUAUAGUUUACAAGUCACUGCUUCAAUGGCAUUCAUUUGAAGCAGAAAAGACAAAUAUAUUUGACCGCAUUAUUCACACUAUCAGGUCAUCAGUUGAGAACCAAGAGAACAUCGGUGAACUUGCUUACUGGCUCUCGACAACAUCUGCGCUUCUAUUUCUUUUGCAAAAUACUCUAAAAGCAAGCAAUUCAUCAUCCACAGGCUCAAAUCGUAGCCGGACAGCUGCUGCGACCCUAUUCAGCAGAAUGGCAAGAAGUGCCCAUUCAGCUUCAGCAGGAGUGGGGAUUUCCAGUGGAUACAGUGGAUUGUUGGGCAAACCCAGUGCACAAUCCAGAGUAGAAGCAAAGUACCCAGCCCUACUAUUUAAGCAACAGCUAACUGCAUAUGUUGAGAAAAUUUAUGGAAUGAUCCGAGACAGGCUAAAGAAAGAGAUCAGACCAUUCCUAACAUUGUGCAUACAGGCACAGAAAUCUGCAAGAUCUCGAUCUCUCCGAGGGUCAUCUAAGAACAUUCAUUCAAACUUAGUUGCAAAGCAAGCAUCUAGUGUACAUUGGCAAAGCAUUGUGAAGAGCUUAGACAGUACUUUGGCAAUAAUGUGUGACAAUUAUGUCCCCGCUAUGAUCACAAGGAAAAUGUUCAGUCAAGUCUUUGCAUUCAUAAAUGUGCAAUUAUUUAAUAGUUUGCUGCUCAGGCGUGAAUGCUGCUCUUUUAGCAAUGGAGAAUUCGUUAAGGCUGGUUUGCAAGAGUUGGAGCAGUGGUGCUCCCAAAAAACAGAUGAGUUCACUGGAACCUCAUGGGAUGAACUUCAGCAUAUACGACAAGCAGUAGGGUUUCUGACUUUGCAUCAGAAGACACACAAGACUAUGGAAGAGAUAACAAAUGAACUUUGCCCGGUACUGAGUGUUGCGCAGAUUUAUCGUAUUGGAACCAUGUUCUGGGAUGACAAAUACGGAACACAAGGCUUAUCUAAGGAUGUGAUUGCAAAAAUGAGAACUAUGAUGACAGAUGAUUCAACCAACAACAACACUUUCUUGCUAGAUGAUGAUUCAAGCAUACCAUUCUCAUUGGAUGACAUUUCACGUUCUGUGCUCGACAUCAAUCUUUCUGACGUGGAGCCACCUCCAUUGCUCAGACAGAACUCUGAAUUUCAUUUCUUACUGCAGCAGCGCACAGAUUGAGGAAUUACGAAAAAGAAAUCAUUUUUUUCCUCUGAUUUUUUUUUUUUUUCAAAAGAUGAAAAGGGAAAGGUCUUGUAUUUUUUGGUGUAAUUUUGUGUUCAAAAUGUGUUUUUUUUUUUUCGAUUUUUCAUUACGUAACCGCACUGAUUGAUUUUUGUUCGUUUGGUUCAAAGUGUGACUAGUGAGAUUGGGUGUGAGAGGGAAUUAGUUGUGUAAAAAACCAAAUAAAUAAAUAAAUAAAUCAAA